AUGUACGACGACAUGGACGAAGAGCUCGCCAAGUCGACGUACUUUGGUGUACCUGCAACGCCACGCGAGACUGUCUCUUCCUCUGCGUCUUCCUCGCGACUGAGCACCGUCGUUUUUGCCAACUGCCCCAAGGCGCACGCGUGCGGCGUCCAGCUUGGCACAACGAUCGCGUUCUUGGGUCUCUUUGCUAUUGCGCAGGCGUACCUCUGGGACCGCUCGGCGCCCUUCUUCGCCGCGACUUCGCUCCUCCUCUGCUCGUACGA